CCGGAGGGCGGGCGGAGCGGCCGCUGGACGCGGGGUGGCCGGGCCGGGCGCUGCUGGUGCUGAAAUGGCCCGCGGGGGCUGCCUGGGGCUGCUGCUGCUGCUGCUGCUCUUCGCCCUGCUCAGCAGCCUGCGCUGGCCCGACGGCUUCGCCGCCGCCAAGAGUUGUGUCUGCAAACAUAAAAGCCACUGCUACUGUGAUGGAAUGAAAGGUAAUAAGGGUGAAAAAGGAUUUCCUGGUGCUCAAGGUGUACCUGGCCAGACAGGUUUCCACGGCCCUGAGGGACCUCCAGGGCCUCAGGGACCCACGGGUUUUCCAGGGCUGAUAGGUUUAGUCGGACCCAAAGGUGAAAGGGGAAUGCUAGGAUUGCCUGGUUUUUCAGGUCUCCCAGGUCUUCCAGGUGAACCAGGAAACAUUGGUCCUUCUGGAGGUCCAGGAAUUCCAGGAUGCGAUGGCCCAAAGGGUGAACAAGGAUUUCCGGGGCCUCCAGGGCCAGUAGGUGCUCUGGGCAAACCAGGUAUUGGUGGCUUCAAAGGAGAUAAGGGGUGCCCUGCAAGUGGAUAUGACCCAGGAUAUGACGGAAGGGGUGACCUUGGAUUACCAGGAAUAUCUGGACGCCAAGGUGAACCAGGUCCUCGAGGACUCCAAGGUAUAGUUGGACCACAAGGCCCUCCGGGAUCUUCAGGUGUUUCAGGGAGAAUGGGACUUCCAGGGCAUAAGGGUGUCAUGGGGAUUAAGAUCAUAGGAACCAAAGGAAUACAGGGUGACCCUGGAUCAACAGGACCCCCUGGGCCGCCAGGAACAGUUAUUGUGACAUUAAGUGGACCAGAUAAUAUGAAGGACUUGAAAGGAGAGAAAGGAGAGAAAGGAUCAAGGGGUCUCCCAGGACCUGUUGGCUCAUUGGGUUUUCCUGGAGAUUUUCAAAGUGAAAAAGGUGACCCAGGAGAGCCUGGCCCGCAGGGUAAACCUGGAAAAGAUGGUACCCCCGGUCCACAUGGCUUUCUGGGAGAGAAGGGUGAACAUGGCUACGCAGGAUUGCCUGGCAGAGCAGGCACUAAGGGGAGGAAAGGAGACAUUGGCCCACCAGGAUUUCCUGAUCCCACAAAGUAUUAUGAUGAGGUGGCUGGUGAAAAAGGAGAUGAAGGAUAUCCAGGACCCCCAGGACUUAAAGGUCAACCUGGCAUACCUGGGCCAAGAGGUCCCCUAGGUGUGAAAGGAAGACCAGGUGUAUCGAGACCUGGCAUAAAUGGUCCACAAGGAUAUCCAGGACUGAAAGGAAUUAAGGGAGAGAGAGGACAGCCUGGCAUGAAUGCUGUGGGAUCUCCAGGACUUCAUGGGUUUCCAGGCAGACCUGGCUCUGUAGGAUCACCAGGUCCUCCAGGACAGCCAGGUAAAGUAACAUUUGAAACGCACCCACCAGGAGUUCCAGGAAACCCCGGAUGUGUGGGACCUCCAGGACUUCCAGGAGAUAGUGGAGUAAAAGGUGAAGAAGCAAGUCCUUGUAAUCAAUGCAGUUAUAUACCAGGAGGACCUGGACUUCCUGGUGCUCCUGGGCAAGACGGCCAAGAAGGAGUUACUGGUAGACAAGGAAUAGGUGGUCCCAAAGGAUCUCGAGGUUCUCCAGGGGGACAAGGUCCUUCAGGUCCUCAAGGACUUACAGGUUUUCCAGGAGAUCAAGGACUUAAAGGACAAAAAGGUGAACCAGGAUAUGUGUAUCCAGAAGGGCAACAAGGAAACAGAGGAGAUCCAGGGAUCAGAGGAAAUCCAGGGAAGAAAGGUUCAGAUGGAUUGCACAAAAAACAUGGUUCAAAAGGCUCAAAAGGUUCUAAAGGUGAACGGGGACUGGAUGGUUCGAAAGGGGACAGAGGGUUAUCAGGACUUCCUGGAAACCCAGGUCUUCCUGGAGAAAUGGGGCUCACUGGACCACCAGGAUAUGGACCACAAGGAGUGACAGGUCCCAAAGGUGCUAAGGGAAUAUCUGGUUUGCCUGGAUUGCCUGGAGCAAUUGGUCCAGAAGGAGAACUUAGUGCAGUAAAUCCAAUACCUGGACCACCAGGACCUCGGGGGCCAGAGGGUUUACCAGGACCCCCAGGAGCAAUGGGUAAUGUUGGAUCUAGAGGAAAACGUGGUGAUUUGGGAUUACCUGGGUCUGACGGUGCUCCAGGAUUUUCAGGGACUCUAUUUCCUGGAGAUCCUGGUCCAAAAGGGAAUAAAGGUCUUCGAGGGUCUAAAGGAUCACCAGGUUUGCCAGGAAAGGCAGGAGAACCAGGCUUGCCUGGACAGUCUGGAUACCCAGGAGAAAAGGGAGACCCUGGAUUAAUUAUUCCUGGCCAACAGGGUGGAUUAGGUUCCCCAGGAGGAGACGGCUUUCCAGGGGUAAAAGGUGACAGAGGAUUUCCAGGUCUACCAGGAUUCCCAGGACGUAAUGGUGCUGAUGGACCAAGAGGAGAACCUGGCUGUCCCGGAGCUCCCGGAGAAAAGGGACUUCCAGGGAAGCUUGGUGAUUGUCUUAUUGGCCCACAAGGUCUCCCAGGUUCAUGUGGAUUAACAGGCCAACAAGGAGAAAGGGGUUCAGUUGGAUCAAAAGGAGACCCCAGUAUUCCAGGCUUGGGUGUGCCAGGAUUCCCUGGAGAGUUUGGGCUGCCUGGGUUGCCAGGUCACCAAGGAGACACAGGAUCACCUGGUCUGAAGGGAGAGCCUGGCAGACCAGGAAUACCAGGUGCACCAGGCCUAAGAGGAGAACGAGGUAUAAUGGGCAAUUUAGGAAUUCCUGGACCUCCUGGUGUCUUUGGACACCCAGGCAUUCCAGGAAACAGAGGUUCUCCUGGCCUUCCAGGAUUGAAGGGAAGAAAGGGGUUUUUAGGACCAAAAGGUGAACCAGGUGAUAAAGGAUUUCCUGGACCAUCAGAGACCACAGGGAAUACUGGGGAUAAAGGAGAACCAGGAUCAACAGGAUUUCCAGGAAGAACAGGUCUGAAAGGAGAAACAGGAGAUAAAGGUAUACAAGGAUCAGCAGGGCUUGAUGGGACAUCAAGAGUAUCAGGUCUGCCAGGUCCCAAAGGAUUUGUAGGUCUGCCAGGAUUUCCUGGAAGACAAGGAUUACCAGGACCUCCAGGAGACAGAGGUGAUAUGGGAGUGCCAGGUUCUAAAGGGGAGAGAGGAUCUCGAGGUUUACCAGGACCAUCUGGUGCACAAGGCCCUCCAGGCCUUCUUGGUUUUCCUGGUGAUAAAGGAGAACCAGCUAGUUCAGCAUCUGGGCCUCCAGGAAAACCAGGACCAAAGGGUGAUCCAGGUCCCCCAGGAGAAAUGGGAAGAAAAGGGGAAAGAGGAUCACCAGGUCAGCCAGGACUUGUAGGAGAACCUGGACUAGCUGGAAACAGGGGGGAUUGUGGAAAACCAGGAGCUCCAGGGCCAUCUGAAUGUGCUGGAGAUACUGGCACUAAAGGGUGCAAGGGGGUGGCAGGAUCGAGAGGCACUGAAGGCCCUCCAGGUGCAAUAGGAGCCCCUGGAGCCAAUGGAGCUGUUGGAGAAAGGGGGAAUCAAGGACGGGAUGGUCUUCCUGGCUCCCCAGGGGAAAAGGGAGAACGAGGUGCAUCCAGGUGGCAGAUUCUAGGUCCACAAGGUAUUUCUGGUCCUAAAGGAAUCAAAGGUGACAUGGGGAUUCCUGGUUGUCCAGGACCAGAAGGUAUUAAAGGUCUAAUGGGGGAUCCAGGACCAAUGGGACCUCCUGGAUUGAAUGGAAAGCCAGGAUUCCCAGGUGCACCAGGCAUAACAAUUCCCGGCCAGAAAGGAAAUAGAGGUCUUGCCGGAGUGAAUGGAAGACUGGGUAUUCCUGGUAGUCCAGGAUCUUCUGGAGCCCCUGUAUACAGCAUAAAAGGAAACAAAGGUGUUAGAGGUAUAGAUGUCAUACCAGGACCACCAGGAUUGGUAGGCAAUAUUGGUCCUCAAGGUUCAACAGGAGUUGAAGGCACCCCAGGCAAUACAGGCUCUAGAGGUGAACCUGGCUUUACAGGACUUCCAGGUGUAACAGGAGAAAAGGGUAAUCGAGGACCCCCUGGACCAAUGGGUGCAGCAGGGCCUAACGGACCAAAGGGCCGCCCUGGUCAGCCUGGAGCACCUAGGAAAGCAACAUAUAUCCCAGGAAAUCAAGGACCUGCUGGAUCACCUGGAAGCCCAGGACUACCAGGAGAUCCAGGUCCUCGAGGGCCACCAGGAUUACAUGGACCUCAAGGUGUAAAAGGUCUACCAGGCCAUUCUGGAAAUCCAGGCAUACUUGGACCAAUUGGUCCAAAAGGAGACAAAGGAUUUCAAGGACAAAGAGGAUGUCCUGGGCUUAUUGGCUUUCCAGGAAUACGGGGCCUACCUGGUUCCCCUGGUAUUUCCAUAGCUGGUCCAACAAGAAGAGGCUUCAUCUUUACCCGGCACAGCCAGUCACCAAAGAUUCCAUCAUGCCCAUCUGGGACAGCUCAGAUCUACAGUGGUUAUUCUCUUCUCUUUGUACAAGGAAAUGGGCAAGCACAUGGCCAAGACCUUGGGACAGUUGGUAGCUGCCUGCAGCGAUUUACCACCAUGCCAUUUUUAUUCUGCAACACCAAUGAUGUUUGCAAUUUUGCUUCUCGUAAUGACUAUUCAUACUGGCUGUCAACUGCAGCACCAAUGCCAGAAGACAUGGAACCAAUCUCUAGCAGCGCCUUACAGCCCUAUAUUAGCAGAUGUAUUGUUUGUGAAGGACCAGCAGUGGUAAUAGCAGUUCACAGCCAAACAACUGCACUUCCUUUAUGUCCUCAAGGCUGGAUAUCUCUGUGGAAGGGUUUUUCCUUUGUUAUGUAUACAAGUGCCGGUUCAGAAGCCUCUGGCCAAGCAUUGGCAUCACCUGGAUCCUGCUUGGAAGAAUUCCGUGCCAUUCCAUUCAUAGAAUGUCAUGGUAGAGGGACAUGCAACUACUACACAAAUUCCUACAGCUUCUGGCUGGCUUCACUAGAUCCAAGGAGAAUGUUCAGGAAGCCUUUACCACAGAUUUUAAAAGCCGGGGAAUUGGAAAACAUCAUCAGCCGCUGUCAGGUCUGCAUGAAGAGAGACAGAAAUUUUUGAUAGAGCAUCAAACUCUGCUUUUAUUGCAAAGAAUAGCCUAACUCUCCAGAAUAUGCAUUUAUUAACACCAAAUUGUUUCUGGACAAUGAGCUCUAAAAUGCUAGUGCUGCACUGUGGUGAGAUAAUGCAGCAUUUUGAUUUUCUUUUUUCUAAGCAAAUUGCAAAGCACUUUUUCGGAGAAGGCUGUUGUAAUGGCAGGACUACAGAUCUUCAUCUUCUCAACUGUGAGGCAAAGUGGGUGAUGUAAUAUCUUUUAUUGAACCAACUUCU